UAUGUGAGAGUUCCUCACAAGUUGGAACCACUCCACUCUCUCACCCCAGAUCAUGCACACACAUUCCAGGCCGGCUUGGCCUGGGGGAAGAGGGUUGUGGUCAGCUGGUCUCGAGACAGAAUGAGGCUGGAUUCAACAAUAUUAUCCCAAGCAUGUGAUGGUAUGGGGAGGGGAGCAGAGAGGGGAGAGAGAGGGUGUGGGCAAGUGGAAGUUAUAUUGUGAGUUGACAUUACUCUUUCCUUUCCCCGGACACUGCGUUACUGACUUAUACCACGUGUGACCUGGCUGGACCUGCUGUGUGACUAUAGCCGGCUGCAGUCACCUCUUCACCGUGUGCUUUGGUUAGUCUGGCUGUGUAGUGAGCUCUUGGGUGUGGUAGUUGAACAGUCAUGGUUCUUCUGGUUGUGUUGGGUAGCCUGCUCCAGAUGCUGUUUCUGCGGUCGUGUGUGGGCCAGUUCCCCCGGCCUUGCGCCAACACGGAGGCGCUGCGUACCAAGCAGUGCUGCCCGGUGUGGGAGGGGGACGGGUCGGCCUGUGGAGCCACGUCGGGCCGAGGGUUCUGUCAGGAUGUGACGGUAUCAGAGGAGCCCCACGGGCCACAGUACCCACACACUGGGAUAGACGACCGAGAACGGUGGCCGCUGGCUUUCUACAACCGCACAUGCCAGUGUGCAAGUAACUAUGGGGGUUUCGACUGUGGAGAGUGCAGGUUCGGCUACUUCGGCCCCGGGUGUGCCGAGCAGCGGGAGUCCGUGAGGAGGAACUUCCUCUCGCUGUCGGUGGCAGAACAGCAGCGGUUCAUCUCCUACCUGAACUUGGCCAAGAACACCGUCACCGCUGACUAUGUCAUUGUCACAGGAACUCGCGCUGAGAUGGGUACAAAUGGGGAGAACCCAAUGUUUUCCGACGUGAGUGUAUACGACCUGUUUGUGUGGAUGCACUACUACGUGUCCAGGGACACACUGCUGGGGGGACCAGGAAAUGUUUGGCCGGACAUAGACUUUGCGCACGAGUCGGCGGCGUUCCUGCCAUGGCACCGAGUGUAUCUGCUGCACUGGGAGCACGAGAUCAGGAAGAUGACUGGGGAUUUUAACUUCACCAUCCCAUACUGGGACUGGCGGGAUGCAACAGACUGUACGGUGUGCACGGACAACCUGAUGGGUGGGCGGAGCCUGCUUAACCACAACCUCAUCAGCCCCGGCUCUGUGUUCUCUUCAUGGAAGGUAAUCUGUACCCAGCCAGAGGAGUACAACAGCAAAGCAGCACUGUGUCCUGGGACAGGGGAGGGGCCUCUGCUGCGCAACCCUGGUAACCACGACCCUAACCGUGUGAGGCGUCUGCCCACCUCGGCCGACGUGGAGUUUGUGGUGGGUAUAGAGACUUACGACGGAGCCAUGGACCGCCAAGCCAACAUGAGCUUCAGGAACUCCCUGGAGGGUUUUGCGAGUCCUGAGACGGGGAUGGCUAUAACAGGACAGAGUACGAUGCACAACGCCCUCCACGUCUUCAUGAACGGCAACAUCGAGCUCAGUACAGGCUCAGCCAAUGAUCCCAUCUUCCUCCUGCACCACACCUUACUAGAACAUAUCUAUGAACAGUGGUGAGGAGACCACACGCCGCCGCGCGUCCGCUACCCAACAUCCAACGCUCCGAUUGGUCACAACGAUGGUUACUACAUGGUUCCCUUCCUGCCUCUCUACCGCAAUGGUGACUACUUCCUGGGCAACAAGGUCCUGGGCUACGAAUACUCAUACCUGCUUGACAGGUCAGUUACCCUGAGACACACAUACCUAGACAAAGACUUGCUGGACCCAGACCAGUUACCCUGACACACACAUACCUAGACAAAUACUUGCUGGACCAGACCAGUUACCCAUAACCCCCGUCCCCAGGCUAUUGCACACA